CGCGAGCAGUGCCGUGUGCGGGCGGGAGCGAGGGGAGCGGGAGAGGCUGAGCCUGAGCCCCGGAGCCGCCGGGAACCUGCUCGGGUCCGGCGGGGCUCCGGCAUUCCUGGCCCAGGGCGCGCCGCCUCCCAUGCGCCGGAGGCCGCGCAGGGUCUCAGCCCUCUCGUCCCUCACCCUCCCCCAGAGCGCCUCGUCGCGGGGCCCCCGGCCGGGACGCCGGGCACGGAGCGGUGAGGAGAGGCCGGGCGGGCAGCCCCGCGCCAGGAUUUGUAUGUGAUCAGCAUUGUGCUGUACCACAGUGAAGAGGUAUUUUUCACUUCAAGGUACCUUCCAUUAAAGGAUCAUGGUAGACAGUUUAAUAGUUUCUUUGAGACUUCUCAGUUCCCUAGCAGUGUUGGGAUUUCAGUUUGUGAUCCCACAACCUUCAAUUGAACACAGAAAGGUUCCCCAGAGGAUAGAAGAGCAAGGAGAUGCAUCUGAGGACAGCAGUGCAGGAAUCCCAGGCAUGUGGGGCAACUGGGGCCCCUGGUCUGCCUGCUCCCGGAGCUGCAGUGGAGGUGUGAUGGAGCAGACACGGCCCUGCCUUCCUGCCUAUUACCGGGAAAGGGAGUGGGAUCAGGGGUACCGGCGCCCGGGGUGGCAGUUCCCAGCCUCGGACAGGACUCACCACAACCCCCACCAGGAGGACUCACUCUCUGCCUAUCCCGGACAUGUCAUUUCUGCCAUCCGGACAUCUGUGCCACUCCACAGGAACGAGGAGCAGCUUUGGGCUGGGCUUCGUGCCCCUGUCCCUGCUGGGGGCCGUAACAGCAGCCACGGGGGCAGGGGGACACUAAGGGGCAGCCGGCACUCCCAGAACCAGCAGCAUUCCCAGAACCACCGGCACAGCGCCCAGGCAGAAAAGAGAAGCAGAAACAGAAAUCCUAUUGGUCCAGGAAAAUAUGGAUAUGGAAAAGUGCCAUACAUUUUACCUUUACAAACUGACACUGGUCAGCAGCCUCAGAAACUCCGGAGGCAGCGCCAGUCCUCGAGGAGCCACGUGUUCCAUGCAAGCCCGAACCUCAUGAGCACCUACAGCCAGGCAGCUGCACCUCCACUCCAACAUGGCAAUCUUUACCAAGAAGCAAGUGGGCCUCAGGCAGGACAUCAGGUCCUGGGGCCCUCAGUUUAUCAGUCCCCAUCAUUUCCUGUGUCUCAAAGCCUGUUCCACAGCAGUGACCCAAACCAGCACAGCCCUGGGUCAGCCCAAACCCUGCAGGGGCAGCCCCAGCCCCCAAGGGCCACGGCCAUCGUGUGCGUUGGCACCUACAAGCAAUAUAAACUCUGCAACACAAUUAUGUGUCCUGAAAGCAGCAGAAAUAUUAGAGAGGUGCAAUGUGCAUCAUACAAUAACAAGCCAUUUAUGGGUCGAUUUUAUGAAUGGGAACCUUUUGCAGAAGUGAAGGGAAGCCAGAAGUGUGAGCUGAACUGCCGUGCCAUCGGAUACCGCUUCUACGUGCGGCAGGCUGAGAAGGUGAUAGACGGGACCCCCUGUGACCAGAAUGCUACCUCCAUUUGCGUGGCAGGGCAGUGCAAGAGCAUUGGCUGUGACGACUAUCUGGGUUCUGACAAGGUGAUUGACAAGUGUGGAAUAUGUGGAGGGGACAACACUGCUUGCAAGGUGGUGUCUGGAGUUUUCAAACACACGUUAACAAAUCUUGGCUACCACAAGAUAGUGGAAAUUCCUGAAGGAGCUACCAAAAUCAACAUUACUGAGAUGUCAAAGAGCAACAACUAUUUGGCCCUGCGGAGCCGCUCGGGACGGUCCAUCAUCAAUGGAAACUGGGCAAUCGAUCGUCCCGGGAGAUACGAAGGUGGUGGGACAAUGUUCACUUACAGGCGCCCAAAUGAAAUCUCCAGCACUGCAGGGGAGUCGUUUUUAGCUGAUGGUCCAACAAAUGAGGUCCUUGAUGUCUAUAUGAUACAUCAGCAACCUAACCCAGGCAUACAUUAUGAGUAUAUCAUUCCAGGAGACAAUGUCAUUAGUCCUCAGCUGCUUGCUCACAGGAGGCCAGGGGAGCCAUUGAAUGGUCAGUUGGGAAUGCCAGAAGGUACAAGUCAUGAGGAUGAGGAUUUGCACAGAGAGACAGACAUUCUCACUGGACAGUCAGCUGGAACUUUUCCAGUUAUUCAACCAGGAAGAUUUCCUUCUCAUCAACCAGAAAACCAGGUGCCUGCUAUGCAACUGCCAAGACAAAACCGAGAACACAACUGGAAACAGGUUGGAAAAACUGAGUGCACAACUACCUGUGGGAAGGGAUCACAGUACCCGAUUUUCCACUGUGUCAACAGAAUCACUCAUGAGGAGGUCCCCGAGGGUUACUGUGACAGCAGUACCAAACCCAUCCCAGAAGAGGAAGCCUGCAACCUCUUCCCAUGUCCAGCUUUCUGGGACAUAGGGGAGUGGUCUGAGUGCAGCAAAACCUGCGGCCUGGGGAUGCAGCAUCGCCAGAUCUUGUGCCGGCAAAUCUAUGCCAACCGCACCCUGACGGUCCAGCAGUACCGGUGCCAUCACCUGGAGAAACCUGAGACCACCAGCACCUGCCAGCUGAAGAUCUGCAGUGAAUGGCAGAUCAGGACAGAGUGGACCUCAUGUUCAGUGCCUUGUGGAGUGGGGCAGAGGACUCGGGAUGUGAAGUGUGUCAGCAACCUUGGGGACAUUGUUGAUGACGAGGAAUGUAACAUGAAGCUGCGGCCAAAUGACAUUGAGAACUGCGACAUGGGCCCCUGUGCCAAGAGCUGGUUCCUCACAGAGUGGAGUGACAGGUGCUCUGCAGAAUGUGGGGCCGGGAUCCGCACGCGCUCCGUGGUCUGUAUGACAAACCACAUCAGCAGUUUGCCUCUGGAAGGCUGUGGCAACAACAGACCCUUGGAAACAACCCCCUGUAAUAAUGGACCCUGUGCUGGCAAAGUGGAGUGGUUCACUGGGGGCUGGACUCAGUGCUCUUCUGAAUGUGGCAGUGGAACUCAACAGAGAGAAGUCAUUUGUGUUAAGAAAACUGAAGGUAAUUUUGAUGUUUUGGACCCCUAUGAAUGUUCAUAUUUGGAAAAACCUCCCAUCCAGCAAUCCUGCUACCUCAAACCAUGUGGAUCUAAGUGGUUUCAUACAGAAUGGAGCACAUGUUCCAAAUCCUGUGAAGGAGGAUUUCGGGUCCGGGAGGUGCGCUGUCUCUCAGAUGACAUGGCAGCCAGUUCUCAGUGUGAUCCACAGCUGAAACCUGAAGAGAAAGAAUCAUGUAACACACAAGAUUGUGUCCCUGAAAUAGAUGAGAACUGCAAAGAUAAAUACUACAACUGCAAUGUGGUCGUUCAGGCCAGGCUCUGUGUCUACACCUACUACAAAACAGCCUGUUGUGCAUCCUGCACACGUGUGGCGAACAGACAGUCGGAGUUCCUGGGCCAGAGAUAAGAAAUACUCUCUGCUCAAAGCAGCGGUGUCAGUCUGCAGAUGGAGCUUGAACAGUGUUACUGCUUCGACUGCAGCAGUUUGAGCUUCUUAGAGAUGGGGGUUUGUAUUUGCUGAGUGCAGCAAGACCAUGGUUAAAUCUCACACCCUUUCAGUUAUUGUGCAGUUAUCUCUUUUAAGAUGUUUGUUGUAAAAACCAUGAUCUUUUUAAAGCAUUAGUUGCUAAUGAUACUAUUAUUUGCACCUGCUCAUCAGAUAAUUAUUUAAGGAACAUACCAGCCUUAAUAUUGUGAAAUAAUGAAAACUGAAACUAUUGCAGGCACUUACUGGAGAUAGUUGACCAGUAUGGAUGCAGCUGCUGCAUUAUUUUCUGAGUGCUUACUUUUACUUGGUAUUUUGGACUGCCUUAAAUUAGAUGACUAAAUCAAUGAAACAUGCACAUGAGAAAAAUUAUUUCCCAAAGAACCAGACCUUUAAGGACCCAUUUGUCAUCAGUUUCUUAGCACUCUAACAUAUAUUUUUAAUUACUUCAGUCCAUUCAUAAUUAGAGUCACUGUUAAGCUCUCAGUUGUACUUUUAACUAACGUCCUGUCCUCAGGCAGUAAAUAUAUACACACAACUGCCAAAAAGUGCCUUUAUAUUUAAUUCAUAAACUCUUGAAGAUACACUUUUCUAAUUUUGUAUGGAUUUUAAAAUAAUUACCUACCAGAGUGACUCUAGUGCCUAGCCCUUCAAGUCUGUAACAACUCCAUCUGUCAGUGAGACAGAUUCACCAGAGAGGUGAAGAGCCUUUGCUGAUGUAAAAGUGAUUCUUUCCCUUGGCGAGGUUUCUGUCCUGUACAACAGUUAUUUCAGUGAACUGGGAUCUUGCCUGAUUCUUUGUCUCUGCACUAUGGCUUAACAAGUACCAUACCAAAGGACUUUGUCCAGACCUAGUCUGGAUAUGUCACCAGUUUCUGAAACAACCACCAAAGGAUGCAGGCCUGUGUGCUUUGUAGUCGUGUGUUACUCGUGGUAUCAGGCAGCAGUGUGAGUGUAGUACCUGAGUAUCUGUCAAAAGGAGAUCUUGGCUAUUGACAUUCAUCAGGUUUUGAUCAGUUGUUACAACAUACUUGUCCUUUUUCACUCAGUGUUUCAUCACACAGAUCUAUUCAUACCACUUCUUUUCUAUUACUCAAGAAUGGUUAAAGACAUGGAGCUGAAUUUAAGUGGUGAUUUUUCAUUUCUGCAAUUACUGUACUCAGCCUUGGGACUUGCUAAAAGCAAAUAGGGUAUGCUAUGCAGUGCAGAUCAGUUUUUGCAUUAUCUGCAUGUUCUCUAGGCUUUGCUUGAGAGGUCUUUCAAAUGUGUAAAUAAGGCUGAAGGAAAAAAAUGAACACCACUGCUUAUUCAGCUGUUUAUUACAGCAUAUUUUUUAUAAACUAGUGAUGUUCAACUAUGCAUCUGUUUCUAAGGUGCCUGAUGUCUGAGUUGAAAAACAGCUGUGAUAAUCAUGUAAAGUCACUCCCAGAGAUGUGAUAUAACAGAGGUUAAGGUGUCCUGCUAACUAAUGCAGAACCAUGUUUGAGCCUCACUGGGUGUUCUUUUCUUCCUAAUGCUUUGGUGGAGAGGAUGUGGAAAGGGAAUGGAGCUCGGAGGCAAAGGUUGCUGGGUGUGGUACUGGUCACGUCAGGUUUUGUGCUGGAAGCCACAGGAAUUCCUGUAGUCUGAAAGCUGCCUUGAACUGAGACAAACCUUUGAAGUUUUUGAUUUGGUCACUCAUGAAAAAUAUAUUUUAACUAUGAUGAGCUACCACUGUUUGGCUAAAGGAAAUUAAAGGAAAAAGUAUUUACCUAGAAGCUAAAGUCAGUCUUUGUGACUAUGAACCAUUCAAGGCUUUGGCUGUUUCUAUACACCUUGACUUGGGCUUUUUUACUGUAAAUAAUAUAAAAUUGUUAGAAAUAGAAAUGCUAAUUAGAAAACUUGUGAGUUCAUGAAUCUUUUACAGUCCUGUUCCCUUGUAUUAUGAAGAUUUAUCCAUGAAGAUAACUUAAAGAUUUGUGAUGAUUAUAUUCCUUAGAUUCUUGACCAAAGAAUGUUAUGGAGAAAGUGCAGUGUAAACAACUCUGGAAUCCAGUAUUUCUAAAUACAGAUUUUCAUCUGUGUAUCUCAUUGCAGCAAAUUUUUACAUACAAUUUUUGUUGUUGUCUCUUUUGUCCCAAGGAAGUGUAUCCUGUCAGCUUGAGGGAGAUACUUGUUACAUAAAAAGGCUUCCUGAAAACCCCAAGGCAGAUGAGAUGCAGGGAGCUAAUCAGGUUUGCAAUCAAUCCAUGGAAAAUUAUCUCACACACACUUCUGGCUGUGACAGAGUUAGUGACUCAGCACACAGACAUGAGAUCCUCCUAUUUUAUAAAAUAUGUUAUUUUACUCUGGAAUAUGUGGCCAUUAAGUUAUUUGACAAAGAGGAUCAUCUUGUAGGCUCUGUUAAGCUGCCACUAAAGUAAACAGAGUUCUUGGCAACUAAAUAUCAAAGAAUGUGUACUUACACAUAGCAGUGUAACCCUGUAAUACACCUAUUAUGUACAACUUUGUGAAUUAAAUGCAGUGAGCUAUGAUUUUACAAACUGUACAUUUUUUGUUUUUUUAAUUAAAGAGGCAGUUUUCAGAUGUACCAGAUACAACAAAAAAUACCAUUUCAUCUAAUUAAACAUCUAAUGGUAAGAAAACUGCCAGAAUGCUACUGAAUUUAAUCAUUUAUCAUCUCGUGCGUCAGCAUUACCAAAGUAGUUGUUCCUGCCAAAUGAACUAAUAAGCCCUUUUUAUCAGCACUUUGAUAUACUAAUAUUGUCUGCACAAAGUGCUGUGCUAAGAUUCCACCAUGUUGCAAAGCACACUUUGGAAUUGUGCCUGUAGCAAGUGUUUUAAUGGAGCAGUGCCUUUAAGGCAUUUAGAAUGAUGCCUGCAGAAGGACCUGAUUUUACUUUUGCUGUAAGUCGUAGAUGGCCUUAUUGAAUAUAGUAGACUUAGAGCAGAUAUAAACCCAAUAUAAUUAAGAAAUAAUGCAGACUUCUGAUUUUAAAUGAUUCAGUUUCUUCUUCUGACAUUUUAACAUCAGUCAAAAUCCUGCACAAUGGUGUAAAAAAAUAUGCUUCCUGGGCUUGAAGAUUUUCACCUUACACAAUGAAGGAAGACCAGAGUAAGUUAGAUGGUUUAUUUAAAGAGUCUAAGCAGUCCACCUGCACAGAGCUUUCAUGACUUACAGAUGUACAGCUGGCCAAAAUUAGCCCCAUCCAGAGGAGGCUCUGUGUUUCAAAGCACUUUCCCUUUGGAAUUGAGGACUCCUGGUGCACUUGUUUAUCUAGUUAUCCAGGGCCCAUCAGGGUUUGCCAGCUCCUGUGCGCAUACGUAGGUAGAAUUCCUUGUGUACUGCAAUUGCAUGCCAAGUUCGAGAGCACUGAAUUCAUGGACUUCUCCCUUCCUCUCCCAGAAGAUGCUGUGGAAGUAUGAGGGAUGCUCCUGUGGGAAUGGCCAGCAAUGAGACAGAGUUAGUGUUUGCUUUGGUGACUCUGACCUUCAGUCUCCAGGGCUCUGAGUCAGGGAAGGGCUAGUUAGGAGCAGUGGAGAGCUUGGAGUGCAGUGCAGGAGAUAUGGGGGAUCCUGCAGGCCUGUCAGCUUUGGAGUGCAACUGUAAUGUGUGCCAUGGACUGGAUGCAGGACUGCUUCAGUUUCCCUUCACAGGGAACUGGCAUCUUUGUCAUUAUACUCAUAAUCUUCUCUUUUUUUCCCAAUACUUCAGCAAAUGGAGAAUUUUCUAUAUGAAUAAGGCAGUGUUUAGCAUUAAUAUUAUUGGUUAGAUCCCAGUUUUAUGACAAUAUGAUGCAGUUAUAUAUCAGUCAUAUAUAUAUGUGUGUGUGUAUAUAUAUAUAUGUCAUUAUAGCCCUGACUCAAAGGAGUACAUUAAACUGGUUGAACAGAAGACCACAUGGGGCAGCAGCUUUUCGAGGACCUUGCUACUUCCUUUGCUUAUGUCUGAGUCCCAGAGAGUGCCAGUCACCACUGAGGGAGGAAAGAGGCAGGGGCUCAAACAGCUUAUGGCUGGUAUAGGGGAGGUUACGUCUUCCUGAAGAAAAUAGUUUGUUUUCUCUCUUUAUAAUCUAUACCACUGUAAGUAGUAAAAUAUACUUUACAGAGCUUUGCUUUUCCCCAUUCUUAUCCUGACCUGUCCCCCUUUUACAGCCACACCCCCAACUCUUCUCCUCUUCCUCUUAUCUCACUUUCAUCCUUUUGUCCUUUGGGUUACAAUAUUAAAUUUUGCCAGAAUUACUGAAAAUCCUGGCCUUUUGGUUUGUAAGAAUCAGUGUUAGAAAUUAGCCCAGCUCUUAAGAGAUCUAUAUUCUUGCGAGCCCAGGGAUUUUUCUGUCUGUGUGCAUCCAUGUUGGCUAGUUUUUAAUGGGUAGCAGUAAAGUACAUACUGAAUUAACCCCCAUGCAAUGAACCUGUGACUGCACAGCCAUUGAAGUAUGUAUUGACCAUUUAUUCUCAUAUGUAACAUUUAUCACAUAAAAAAAAGGAUUAUCCUCUUCACAAAGGAAAAGCUGUGUGUUUACUUGGUCUUCUUGAGACUUAGUGUCUUUGACUUCUUAAGAGCUGUUCUGUGUGUUGGGCAGAUAAUAUAUGUGCACGCCUGUAAUUCGAACACAAAGCAUGAAAUUUUGAACAUGAAUGUAAACUUCCUUUAUGUCUAAACUUAGAGAAUGCUUGUGGGAGAUAAAUUAGGCAUUGCUUAGAAAAUGAAGUAAAAUAAUUAUUUUCACACCAGAAAUGAAAAAUCAUCCACUAAGGAUUUUCAAUAUAUUUUAAAUUAAACUUCUGAUUGUCGUGGUUUUGUCCUGGCUCAAUUUACUUUUAUACCUCCCAUACAAUUACUAUCAGUUGAGAGAAGGUUUAUGCAGACAAAAAGAGACUGAAUUGAAAAAAAAUAUGAGUAUUUAUUAUUAAUAAGCUAAAACUAAAGAAUUAUAUUUACAACAAUUCUACUUAAGUAAAAGGUAUUAUGUAUUUACAGAAGAUACUUCUCCCCCCACCUCCCUUUAUAUUAGUUCAAGGAGGAGAAGCAGUCCUUUUCUGUUCUCGGAAUUCCAGCUCUCUCUCUCUCUCCAGUAACUCUGCAGCACUUUCGUCGCAGCUGGAACUUUUUUAUCUCUCUUUCAUUCUGUGUUGACCUCCAGGGCUGGGUCUACCCCCCUCCUGGGCUAAACCCAGGUCCUGAAGGGUUUCCUUCCAUAGGCUUGCAAGGGGACACUUGCUUACUAUGGAUCUUCUUCCACAGGGUUACAGGGGAUAAUGGUUUAAGAGUUCACCCCUGUUUCCCUGUGGAGGUCCCUCCCCAUGGGAGAACAGUCCUUGACUGACUUCUCAGCAUGGGUCUAGUCUGGAUCCCUUACUCGGAUCCCAAUAUCCCACCUGAGCUGUUUUCUGCUCCAGCGUAGGUUCUCUCAUUCCCCUCAGGGUCAUAAAUCUUCAACAUCCCUACCCGAGCCGUUUUUCUGCUCCAGUGUAGGUUCUCUCAGGGUCACAAAUCUCUAGCACCAGCAGCAUGGAUCCCACACAUGGAUCCCAACAUCCCUACCCGAACCGUUUCUCUGUUCCAGCGUAGGUCAUCAUCCCCCUCAGGGUUAUAAAUCUUAAACAGCAGCAGCAUGGAUCUCUUACGGAGAUCCCAAGCUUAUCUGAGCCGUCUCGCUCCAGCAUAAGCAUCGUCCCCUUCAAGGGUUACAAAGUCUUUAACAGGACUCUGCCUCAUCCGAGCCGCUUCUGCUCCAGCAUAAGGCUUUUCUCUUUCUGUUAAAGUCACAAAUCUCUGGUGCAUCCACAAGCUCCUCUGUGAGCCGCACGGGGGUCUUUUCACCCCAACAAACUUUCACAAGUGGCAGGGUUUUAUUUUUCAGUCUUUACCCUGCUGAAGGGAGGGAGAGCGAAAAGGAGAAAAAGCAGCUCUCCCCCCUUCGAACUUUUCUUCUCUCUCCUGUUGCAGCUUCAGCUGCCAGCUUUGACCUUGGAAGUCCUGUUAUCUCAUGGCUGGAAUUCUUCUGCAGCGGUUUCUCGUCUAAGCAGUUCGUCUUUUAAACCUUUUUUUCUUCACUCUCUCACAAGAGAGAAGGGAGGCUUCAGUGCCGCACCUGCCCCCCCACCCCGGCCCAGGACCGGGGGAGGAGGAGACCUUGGCCCACUUCAGGGCCCACUGCCGCCUUUCCUACAUGGCUGCUGAAUUUCAACUGCGCAACCAACUUUCUCUUCCGUUUUCUUAAAGAUGUAAUUAGCAAAGGCGUCACUGAACUUUUUGAUUGGUUUUUUUGUCCGGAAAUCACCUGGACAAAACCAUCCUCAGCCCCAGGGAUGGGCUGGUGGGCAAAACCACGACACUGAUCAUUAUAAUACCUCAACAGUGCAGGUAAAAUUCAGACCUGGUGAAAGGGAGAAAAUUCCAUUUAAGAGAACUCACAGCAGGCUUGAACUCAGCUCUUUACCUCUCAGCUUUCAACAGCCAGAAGUUCUUAAGAAUGAGAGAUCCCAAUUUUUCGGAAGCCUAAUUUUGAUAAAUCAUUGACCUUCCAGCAACAGUCAUUACCACUUGCCCUGACCUGUUUUUCUAUGCUGCCUUUGGGUCUCUUGAGACCAGUGGCCUUGGCAGGGGUUGGGUGCAUACAAGUUGUGAAGUCCCAUCGUAGUCACUUAGGAUCUACAUAGAAAAUGAGGAAGGAAGGGAGACAAAAGAAACCCUAACUUUUUUGUGUGUGUAUAAACUUGUCUACUUGACCCUCAUAACUGAUUUUGGGCAGAAGGAUAUACUUUAUUAUAACUUAUUUUGUCAUUAUUUGUAAAUACAAGAUGUCUAUGGGAAAUAUGUAAUUCUGAGCUGUGUCUAUGGAACAAGCCACUGCACCAAAAAAAAUUCAAAUAUUUAGAAUAGGCAGAUUUUUUUAUUAAAAGGGACCCAAUAUGUAUUUAUUUACAUAUACCAUUCAAAUUUUGUCCAGCUUUUUCAUUAUACUAAUCCAGCUUUCUAGGGAAUUUUAUAUCACAGGUAUUACAUAUAUAUUUUUUGUAUAUAUGUCAUACUGUAAAUCCAUAAUACAAUUUUCUAAACUUUCUGAUUAACCAGUUCCUUGAGUGAAUUAAAGGAGAUAGGCAAAUUGCUUUCUGACUCGUUCAGGAAUAUGUAUCUGUGGCAAUGUACCUGAACCAGAACUGUACAGCAUCCUUUUCAUAUUGUAUACUUUUUCUCUUUGAUGAAAAAACGUUAACUAUUUUUGUUUAUGACUAAUUUAUUUUUAUUAUUGUGAAAAAUAAAGUAACUCAAGAUGAAUUUAUGUGGCAUGUUUUAUUUCUUACCUGGUUGAUCUGAGUUUCUUGGGAAUUAAGUGCGAGCAUCAACAAGG